GCUAGGAUCGGAAAAGCGUACGCACGCACGUUCGAUUUUUAAAUGGAAGUUGGAAUGGAGUUGAGAUCGCCGGCUCUGCGCGAGCGCCGCCAGUGGCCCUCUAGUCGCCGCGACGCGCGCUCCGCUCCCAGCCCGCGUGCACCGAACGAACAUCACUUGCGACUGAAAAAAAAUUCAAAUUUCAAACGCUGCACAUUCGAAAUUCUAAUUAUCGAACACGUGUUUAUAUAAAGUUGGCGCGAACGCGUUUUUCACUGGCAGUGAAUAAAUUAGCGCGCGUGCUCACAAAUUUCACUUUUACCCGUGCUCAUCCCGUCUGCCAGCCGUCUGCGCGGGACCAUGGAUAGAUAACAAAUCGAAUAUAAUGAACGUUCAACAAAGCCGACGACCGAGCAUCUACACAUUAACGCUGUCUAAUUACAGGCACAAAAUAUCAUAACUCGAAUAAGGUUACGUUAUGUCAUUAGCGCAAUGAUUAAAUGCACCGGUAGUAGUAUUGUCAUGCCAACGACAUAGACGCUAACGGUCCCUCACGACGCGAAAUGAUGGUGCUUAGAAAAAUGGAUGUGCGGUGUAUAUUAAUACUGUUAUUAUUCCAAACUUUGGUGGCGUGGUGCAGCGCGAAAUUUAUAGUAAUGCCUAAAGUGGAAUAUCCCACGGGCAAUGUUCAAGAAGAGAUCCAGGACAGCAUUAGAAACUUCAUACAUACCGGUCUCUACUCCCAUGUGCACCUGGACCCCUCGCAAGUGCAAGUGUCAACACCGGUCAAGGUCACGCGCGACGGGCGGCUGGUAUCGCGCGCGGUGGCGCACGCGCAUGAGCACGGGCACGCGCGCGCGCGGCGCGACCUGCGUGGCGUGGAGCACGCGCUGCCGCACGCCGUGCACUAUAACCUCACUGUUGAUGGCCGGGAGUUGAGGCUUGAUUUGCGGCCGUCAGUGAGCUUCAUUGCGCCGGCGCUGGUUGUGGAGCGGCAUGGCGACGGCGAGCGGACGCGGCACAGGCCGCACGGGGGCGCCACUGGGUGCCACUACACGGGCUCCAUUAGGGGCCAGCCCAAAUCUAGGGUCGCGCUCUCGGCCUGUGAUGGACUGGCGGGCCUGUUAAGGACAGAACAUGGUGAAUACUGGAUCGAGCCGUCUAAUCACGUGACAAGCGACGACUCGGUGGGGAGGCCACACGUGAUAUUUAAACGAUCAGCAGUUGACAAAGUUGAAGCUUACCACAGAAAAAAGAGAGCAGCAAACUACAGAACUGACAACAAUGAACAAUAUAAACGAUAUUACGAAAGGGAAUACCAAAAGUUUCAUCCUAGGAGAAACACAAACACUAACGUUAGAAAAAACCACGACAGCAAAGAAUCAGCGGACAGGCGAUCACGAGAAUACGAGAGAUUGAAACGAUUAGAAAACGCACGGAAAAAUCCUAUCGCAUUUAGAGCUGAGAUGCAAAGAAGAAGAGAGAAUAGAAUCAACCAAUCAUUAUCAAAGAGUAAUUCUAUAGAGACUAGCAACAGUAGAUCAAUGGAGAUGCCUUACCUGAGAAACGGACGGAAGAGGAUGAAUAGGAGACGAGGGGAUGGUCAGAAGAAGCACAGGAGGCGUAGGAGGAAAGCAAAGAAUUGUGCCACCAGGCAACCGCCGUAUACGUGGAACAUCACAAGCGCUCGAGAAUAUGACAGAACUAGGAACAAUUUUAUUAAUAAUCAACGAGCUUCCGGUAACGCGCCGCGGCGACCUAGGUCCGUGAGCAAGCCUCAGCACGUGGAAGUAUUGCUGGUCGCCGACAAGUCCAUGACGGAGUUCCAUCAAAACAACGAAUCAUUGGAGACCUACUUGCUUACCAUCAUGAACAUGGUUUCGGACCUUUAUAAGGACCGCUCGAUCGGCAACCUGAUCCAAGUGGUGGUCGUGAAGAUCGUGACCCUGCAGAAUUCGCGCGACCUGCAUGUGUCGACCAACGCCGACACGACGUUGUCUCUCUUCUGCCAUUGGCAGCAGCAGCUGAAUCCCGUCAACGACUCGCAUCCUCAGCACCAUGAUGUAGCUAUCUUGGUGACCAGGCAGGAUAUCUGCAGUCUUCACAACCAGCCUUGCAACACCCUGGGAGUGGCGCACGUGGCCGGCAUGUGCAUCCCGGAUCGCAGCUGCUCCGUCAAUGAAGACAACGGCAUCAUGCUGGCGCACACCAUCACGCACGAGCUUGGACACAACUUCGGCCUGUACCACGACACAGAGAAGAUCGGGUGUAGCAGGCGAGAGGGGUCUACCUUGCACAUCAUGACGCCGGUGUUUGAGGCGGAUAGCGUCCAAGUGGCUUGGUCGCGCUGCAGCAAGCGAGAUGUCACCAAUUUCUUAGACAAUGGAUUUGGAGAGUGCUUGGGCGACGAACCGUCUACUGAAAUUGACAAAUAUAAGUAUCCAGAACUCCCCGCAGGAGUAAUGUACGACGCGACGAAACAAUGCGUGCUCCAGUUCGGAACGGAUGCUACCGUCUGUACCGGUACUGAUCCUGAGGAGCUGUGCCAGCAUCUCUGGUGUCUCGUCAACGGGACCUGCAAGUCCAUGCUGCGGCCUGCCGCCUCAGGCACCACUUGCGGAGUCGACAUGUGGUGUCAGAACCAGAAGUGCGUCCCUCGUGAGAGGCCGCCGGAGGCCCGGGACGGUGGCUGGGGCGAGUGGUCGGAGUGGAGCGAAUGCUCUAGAACUUGCGGCGGAGGCGUCGAGAUCAAGACCAGAGAGUGCGACAGCCCUAUGCCGUCCAACAACGGGAAAUAUUGCGUCGGAGAUAGAAGCCGAUACCGCACAUGCAACAGAGAAAAAUGCCCCAUAAACGAACCGUUGUUCAGAGACGUCCAGUGCGCGAAGUACAACAACAAGACGGAUAAAAACAACGACACCGUCAUCGCUGAUUGGGUGUCAUUUUAUGACCAAGACAAACCAUGCGAGCUGCAGUGCGUGCCUCGCAACAGCAACGAUUACGAGAUACUGCCCGGAUACGUGGCCGACGGGACGCCUUGCUGGCAGACCAUCGCCGGCAGAAAUUCGCGCGACAUGUGCAUAUCUGGCGUGUGCUACAAGGUGGGGUGCGAUUGGGUGGUCGGCUCGGAUCUGGAGGAGGACGCUUGCGGCAUCUGCGGAGGGGACGGCUCGGCGUGCAAGACUGUGCAGGGCAUCUAUAGCAAGGGCACCACUAAACAGUCCGGCUUUACUGAGGUUGCCGUGAUACCAGCCGGGUCAAGAAACGUGAAGAUCCAAGAGAAAGUGAGCCCGGGAAAUUACAUUUCUAUUGGAAGUGCACGAACGAGAAAACUCCUUUUAAACGGAGGCGGAGCUCGUAAUGCUACCCUGACCGAGUACUUCGUGGCUGGCUCCCAGGCGAUCUAUGAAAGAGACCGCGACUGGGAGAAAGUACAGAUAAUGGGACCGAUCCUAGAGGAUAUUAAAGUUUAUCAACGAAUUUACCGCGGCAACCACCGCAACCCCGGCGUGAACUACCAGUAUACCGUCAGCAAGAGAUACCGGUACCGGCUCAGCGAUUGGUCACCGUGCAGCGCUACAUGCGGACGCGGCCGCAUGUACCGCCAACACGAGUGCGUCACUGACAGUGGCCACAAGGUGGAUCAGUCACAUUGUGACCAACAAGAGCAGUUCAGCAGGGAGGCGCUCGUGCAAAUAUGCAUGCGACCGCAGUGUACCGUGCGCACGCACUGGCGCGUCGACUCGUGGCAGCGGUGCAACUCCUCCUGUAGAAUACCAGGGAAGGAGCCAACGAAGCACAGACGAGUUUACUGCGUGGACAACCUGACAGGCCAGCGGCGAAGUGAUGCUGACUGCGACCUCGCUAUGAAACCGAUAUCGACUAUCAUCUGUGCUGACAUACCGCCAUGCUAAAGAAACCGUAUAUAUGCAAUGAGAGCCACUACAAUGUACCUUGCGAUAUGAGGGUCUUGUUUUUAUCACUUACAGUGGAUAACUCAGGACACGAUAAGUAAUAGAAACUAGACCGCAAUAAGCCACUUGGGUGCGGUUUCCAAGUCAGUAAACUCUUAAAUGAGUUCACGGCACAAUUGUUGCCAAAAUCUUCGUGAAACACGAACAAAAACUUUGGGCACUUUAAAGUCUCCAACUCAAUCUGAGUAGUAGUAGUGUGUUGUGUAAUGAAUGAAAUGAUAAGUGAAAUCGUGACACUAAGGACAAUGCAACUUUAUAUCGUGAAAUCGAAAUGAACAUUCAGCGAAUAAGCGCUAGUGGACUCGUUAUGUGAACCAGUGAAGUGUUUUUUGUUUGGAAUGUAAAAACCCAUCGAAUAAGGUAACGCUUUAGCGCUAUGCGUGCCUUAGCUUCGGACGAAUCUCGCAGGGAACCCACAUAAGGCCAUUUCAUUUCAUUUAUUUAUAGCAAUUAAAUAAAAUGAAAUGAAAUUUCCAAUACGACCAUACUGCCAUAUUACGUAAGAAAUUACUAGUUUUAACAUAGUCUUCGCUUAGUUAUUAAACUACUAAUACAUAAUUAUAUAUUCUGUAACAUCAGUAUUAAAAUGGUGUAUUUAUAUCUUUAAAUAAUUCAGAUAAACGUAAUGUGCGAAGUGAUUAGAUAAUUUAAAUUUUGGACCAAAAAUAUCUUAAGCAAUCAAAUUCACGUUGCCAUAGGUAAUCGCGAUUACUGCCAAUUACUUUCGUACGACUAACCCCACUUGCAUUAACUAUAAUCACCUGUGUUAUACUACUAUACCUACGUGUAAACCAGAACAAGAAUAAGAAAAAGUCGUCUACUUUUGAGACUGAGUUAUUAUAUAAACGGCAAUCCCUCUUUUUAUGACCUGUAAUAAUUUCGCUGCCAUUUAAAAACUGCUUUUUUGUUACCAAUUUCAGAAAGACGUACAUAAUAAUUUUAGAUUAAAGUUUUUGCAAGUGUGAGAUCUACUAGACGUAAGCUUUACUGUAUUGUCUCCGAUCAGUGUUUCAUACAUACAAUAUUAUUAAGAUCAAAUGUAAUGUGUAAUACUUAGUUAUAAGUGCAUUUAGUAAAGAAAAUAUUAGUUGAAAUCUGGGACCGAUUACGGAUUACCGGUAUUCUUUUUAUACAAUAUAACUACUAUUUAAUCUAAUUAUACAGCAUUACUAUUACAGCACAAAUUCAAAUCAUCGCGAGACAUCAUGUAUUAAAUGAAUACCGGUAAUGGUUCUUACUCUAAAUAUGACAAAGCCUAUGGGAACUUUAACCGCUAGUCAAAUCAAUGGCAUAUGUCCUUCGUGAUGCGAUCUGGUCAAUAAAAAAUAUUUCUAUUAAUAAUGUAAAAUUCACAUAAUCUGAUUUGCAGUAGGUACCGGUACUGUUAAUCGAAAAUACACAGCCUGCGUAUUAAAACCGGUAGAACGAACGAGUACCUAAAACAAACUGCGGGACGUGAUAAAAACUUGUAUACCGGGACUUUUCAAAACAGUACCGGUAAUUUAAGGCGACAAAUCCUAAGACCAUCGCAUCUCUUAGUUAAUUUCGCUUAACUAUUUGGGACAUUUUGAACAAUUUCAUUAACCUCUUUAAUUAUUAACUAUAGUUUCUCCUGUCUUUUUUUUUUGUAUAGCGACUCAACUGUUACCUGCAUUUUUGUGUGUAUCCUGAAUUUUAUAUUCAUGCCCGAGAGCAAAUGCCUAAUAUGAUUAAGUGUACGUGUCCGUUUAGUUUUCAAGUGACUAUGCAUAAUUGUAACUGUAGUUACGUUUUAUUUAUCUUAUACGUAUCUAUUUUUUAUAUUACUAUUUGAACUUUGUAAAUAAAAUGGUGUUAAAAAGGUAGAGUUCACUGCAAAAGGCCGCCUCUUCCAGUACCUCUUAACCACACUUGAAUUCAAAAUUCGUUCGAUUUUGAAACAAAACAAAAUCAACUAUUUUCUACGCUAUUGGUUCAAAUUUCAAUAACAGAUUUUUGUUGUACCUAUGCCAGGGCGUUAGGAGGUUAACUGACCAUCGGUGGACCUUAUGACUUUAGAAUAAGGAUUACUUAUUGGCAGUUUACAAUGUGAACGAAAAAAACACGCCAGGAUACAAAAAAAAACAUGUUUUUGCCCGUCAGAACACAAACACUGUAAAUGGAACACGAAUAUGUACAGUACCUACCCGAAGAUAAAUAAUGCACAUCGGUCUUUGGAAAGACAAUGAGGGCUAUCGUUUUUUUGCUCACCAGUUGGCGCCUCUGUUGAUGGUGGUCCAAAAGACUAAAGAACAGCUGUCAGUCAUUGAAGUGACAAGUGACAUUUGACAUUUUGAACUGUGGAAAAGACCACCAUCUACACUAGCGCCCCUAGCGGCGAAUUCAUACGCGUUAGCCCUCAUUGGCUUUUUAUAACGAUUACAAAUCACUCAUCAACCUCAUCGUAUUUAUUAAGUGUCGUUUCAUAUCAAAUAAAUACUGCAUUUUAUGGACUUUAGUACGUCAAAUCGAUGACGUGUACUUUAAAUAUGACAUAAUUGACAUACGUCACCAAGCCCAAAAUUAGCUGAGUCUCUUUCCAAGGACCGAUGUGCAAUAUUUAUCUCAGUUUAGGUACUACUGUUACCUAACUACCUACCUACUUUGACCACUAAAAAGCCCCUUGAGUCUACCACUCGCUCGACACUUAAGUGAACUCUAUUGCUUAGGUAAUAAAGAUGACGGCUUGGUGAGCAUGAGAAGUGGCGCCCUCUGAAGUGAGCGACUAGCAGUUUUAACCCCAUUCUAAUAGUUACUGAUGUUUCAGUUCUAAGAUUCGUCAGGAACUUUUGUCGAUUGAUUCAUAUACACAAUUUUAAUUUCUGUAAAACUUGAAAAUUGCUGUUAGGCUGACGUAAUUUGUAUGUAGAUAAUGAAUAGAUUUUUUACAUAUUAAAAUGUCACAUUGAUGUAUUAAUUAUAAUUGUGUAUGUAAUUAGACAUGGCAAUAAACUGUGCAUUGUUUUA